AAGAAAUGCAACCAUCGGCAACCAGAGGCGGAGGUGUGGAUGGCUCCACCGCCAAAGGCGGCAGCGACUCCCUCGAGUCCGGCAGCUACCACCGCGACACCAACCACAAGCCGAUGCUCUCCGGCAUGGCUAUCAAAGUAACAUUGAUGCUUGUGGUGGUCGGCACAACCUUCCUUAUUCUCAAUCAAUCUAGCUAUCCUUUGGAGUUUUUUCGAAACCAUAGUUCGUUCUCGAGGCCAUCUUGUGAGAAUUCGAAUGCUGGUUCGUCUUCAGUUCAUCAAUACACGUUGCAAAUCCCGCCUUCUUCUCCGGCGGAAGAUGAGAAUGUCGAAUUGGAGAAGACGCUGAGAAGUGCGGCGAUGAAGGACAACAAGACGGUGAUAAUCACGACUCUGAACGCGGCGUGGGCGGAGCCAAAUUCUCUCUUCGAUCUAUUUCUGGAGAGCUUCAGAAUCGGAGACGGAACGGCGCACCUGUUGGAUCACGUGGUGGUCGGCGCGUUCGACAAGACGGCUUACGAGCGGUGCAAGGCGGAGGGACUCCACUGCUACAUAGUGAGAACGGAGGGCGUGGAUUUCUCCGGCGAGGCGCAUUUCAUGAGCGAGGAUUAUCUGAAGAUGAUGUGGCGAAGGAUUGAUUUUCUUCGCAAUGUCCUCGAAUUGGGAUUCGACUUCGUCUUCACGGAUGCAGAUGUAAUGUGGUUGAGGGAUCCAUUUAAAAAAUUCUACAAAGAUGGAGAUUUUCAAAUCGCGUGUGACCACUAUGUGGCCAACUACACUGACGUGAGCAACUCCCCAAAUGGAGGGUUCAACUACGUGAAAUCAAACAACCGGACCAUCGAGUUCUACAAAUUCUGGCACAAUGGCCGGGAAUAUUUUCCGGGGCGACACGACCAAGACGUGUUGAAUAUGAUAAAGGACAACCCAAUUAUCCCUCGAAUCGGGCUGGAGUUUCGGUUCUUGGAUACGGCCCACUUCGGGGGGUUCUGUGAACCCAGCGAGGAUCUGGAUGAGGUGAUCACCAUGCAUGCCAAUUGCUGCAUAGGCAUUGAAAACAAGAUGCAUGAUCUUACCAUGCUCAUUAAUGAUUGGAAGAGGUAUAUGGCAUUGCCACCUUCAGAUAGGAAUUCCACUACUAAAUCUUGGACCGUUCCUAGAAUUUGUUUCUAGACAAAAUAAAUAUCUCUCUACUUGUGAUAAUUACAAAAUUGUGAAUUGCAUGGGCAUGGAUGUGAGCUACUAAUUCUUUUGCUAAGGAAUUGAACAAAAGGAAAAAUUAGUUGUAUUUCUUUAGAGGUGAAUUAUAUUGCUUUAUAAACUUUGAGAUGGAUUU